CACCUUCACAGCGUGGGAUUUGGAGCCGGCACGCUUGCCGACAUGCAGCUCAGACCACUGUUGUUUCUGCAGGUUUUCGCUGCUUCUUGGACGGCGACUGCGCAUCAAGCGCUUGAUAAUGCCACGGUAUCCGUGAUUCACCGGCCGAUUUUGUCAUCUAUCAUGCCGCAUGCCGACAACCGACGAAGAUUCGUCGCUGGACGACGAAUACUGCGGUACUCGCUGGGACAGUUUCGUCGACGACGACCUCGUCGACGGUAUCUUCAAGCGUUGUGAACCACGUGACUCACGGCUGCGUAUAUAACUGUGUGGCACCGUGACUGCCAGGAAUUUGACGCCGGCAUGCUUGCCGACAUGCAGCUCAGACCACUAGCUGUUGUUUCUGCAGAAAUCUUCCAGAGCUUUCUCGUGCCAAGAAAAGACCUGGUUCCAAAGAAAAUCAUGGCUGAUGGAGUUGCAUUACCCCAGUGCAAUUCAAAUUACCCACCACGAGCGAGGCGGUGUGGUGCUGCAUACGUCAUCAUCUCCUUAUACUGCGAUCGCUCCCGUCCGGGCGCACAUAUCGCUGCUAUCACCGCCAGCUCCAUCUUUAGUGGCGCGUGGAAGAACAUCUGACGACGCAGAUGUGACGCUAUACAGCGCCGGGAACAAGCGACGUCCUCGAGCACGUCGGCCCAACGGCGGCCGCUGUCUUCCACCCCGCCGACGGGACCCGCGGCGGGGGUCCGUUUCCGACCCCGGAUCGGCGAGGAGGAGGGCGAGCAGGCGCGGGGAGGCGCGUGGUCCGGCGGCGGCGGCCUCGACGGCCGCUGCAGCUCGCUGACGGGGGUGGCCGGCCGGACCGGGAAUGGGCCAGCCUGGUCACCGCGGCCGGCUGCCCCGAGCAUCCUCCGAGCCCUGUGUGCUGGCGCCGUUUUCCUUGCUGCUUCUGCUUGUGGUCGAGGCGGCGAUCCUGCUGCGACCGGGCCAGGCCGCGACGGAGACCACGGAACUGCCCGCGGACAACUCGUCCACCGCUCCUUCCACCACGCUUUCCUCGCAGCACGAGGUCGCCGCACCGAGCAAGGCGGCACUGAGCCAGUCGCCCGAGGAAGGCGGCUACAGCUACUGGGUGCGGGGACCCGAGCAGUACGCGUCGCUGUCGGGCGACCUGAGCGUCGAGUACGGGCUGCCCGAGGUGCGCGGCGCCGCCGGCAGCGGCCCCGCGGGCGGCCUCACGGCGCACGUGGCCGACGCCCGGGACGGCACGGUGCUGGCCAAGACCGACCUGCCCCGCCGGGGUUCCACCGGCCGCGUGGUGUUCGCCUGCGGGCUCGUGCACCGCGCCGGCAGAUACGCCUUCGCUCUCGUCGCCGCCGACGGGGAGACCGUGCUGGCACGCUCGACGCGCGACACCGUGGUUCGCUGGCCGGAAGUGGUGACGCACGUGCCCCUCGUGCUGGAGACGUACGGCUCGGACGUGGUGGUAACGUUCGAGCUGCCGGGUCUGCGCUGCGCUCCCCUGCACCAGGACGACUACGGCUUCGUGGUGUCGCUGGUGUACCGGGGCGCGCACCGCGAGCCCGAGUCCUGGUUCCAGGAGUCCCUCGUCGACCAGAAGCCUCUGGCCAGCUGGGCCGAGCUGCGAAGCCACGACGUGACGCUUGACUGCGAGGCCUUCGACCGGGCUGGCUACUACCAGGUGCGGUUAUCAUGCGCCGACGACCCAAAGCUGCCGCUGAUAUCUGAGAGCGUGCCCGUGCGAGUUGUGUGGAGCUCUCGCUACAUGCUCAACGUGGCGCAAGCGGCCAUCUCUAGCUGCCACGACGGCAUCAACGUCCUCUACCGGUACCCGACUACCUGCAGCAAGGACCGGGACAAGGUGCGCGUGUACGGCCUUCCGGGUCCGGCCCGGCUUCCGGCGCACGCGUCUCCCCCCUGGCGCUACCUGUUCGAGCGGAGGCUGCCGCGGGGCAAGCACGCGCUCACCCUGGGGUGUCACCUGUUCCCCGAUGCGUACGCGCACUUCUGCUUCGCCUACGUCAGCGUGGCUCGCAAUGGCGCCGUCUUCGAGCUGCUCAGACAGUGCCGGCCCUGGUCGCUGGAGUCCGGCUCGUCGUCGUCGUCCUCCUGGGGCAACUGGACCGAGUGGGGUCCGUGCUCGGGGUCAUGCGGUCGUGGAAGCCAGAUGCGCUACAGGCUGUGCGGCAGGCUCGAUGGUACCUGCUUCGGCAGCGCCUACGACACCAGGUCCUGCACACUGGACCCCUGUCCAGACACCACGCCGUCGGCAGAAAACGCCACCUCGACCACGCCGCUGCCGUCGACCUACUGCAUCUGCGGCUGCACGCUGACGGUGAUCCGGCGUGCCACCGUGCGCUUCUCCAGCUCGACGCCGUGCGUGGACAGCUCCGUGUCGUGGGUGCUCAAGCCGUUCUCGCGGCACAGGCUGGUCUCCGUGAGGUUGAUGGACGUGGAGCUGGACGCCGGCGAGAUAUCGGUGCGCGAUGGCACGUCCCCGCUGGGCGUCCUCCUGGCCGCCGUCCCUUCCGAAGGCGGCACCCAGCCGCUGCUCGAGGCCACCUCCCUGUCGGGGCCAGUCCGCAUCGACUACGUGGCCGCCCAGUCCUCGACUAGGAACGCGUCGCACCAGGCUGUGGCCAGCUUCAGCAUUGCCUUCUGGGAAACGAACUCGACCUCGGCCAGCGUGGCCUCGCGGUACCCUCGCCGCUCCGGCCUGGCGCCGUUCCAUUCGUCGGUGCACGCGCUGCUGGCCUUCCUGGGCUGCGCCGUGGUGCUGACCGUGUCCCUGCUGGCGGUCGCGUACCGGAGCCGCUGCUGCCUGACGCGGCGGCGUAAGGCGCGCAGCCUGGUCUCGGACUCGCUGUGCUCGGACGGCGGCAUCGACUCGCGGCCCACGGUGCGCCUCCUGGCCGCGGGCUCGCUCACCUCCAUCUCGGAGAUGUCCGCUGAAGACGACGCGCCGGACGAGAACGAAGCUGUGCCCGUCGCGGGUGCCUUCCCGCUCAAGCAUUCGGGCGAGAGCCCCGAGGAUUACAUGGAGCAAGCGUGCCUGUUUAAGUCGGUCGGCUCCGUGUGCACGGCUUCGGUGUCUUCUACACCGGUGCUCAAGAAGCGGGUGCCCGUGGCCACAGUGUCUCCGCAGCCGCAGAGCCAAACGUGCACGCCGCGGCUUCCUCUCAAGCCGAGGCCGCUCAAGUACCUCAUCGCGGCGAGAGGCGACGGCGCCGAGGACUCGGUCGAGUCCCUGGAGGCCUCGGGGCGAGGCUCGGGCUGCCCCAACCGGCGAGCGGCGGCUCCCGGCCUCGUGGACCGCGUUGCGAGCUGCGGCUCGCGCGCGAGGGACGGCGCGGCCCUCGCGCUGGCCGCGUCCCUCUCCGAGCUCAGCACUAGCGGCACCGAGGACGGCUUUGAGCUGGACUAUUACGACUACGGCUGCCACGACGUGCCCGGGUCGUUCUUCAGCGCCCAAGUGGGCAGCUGGCCGCCGUUCCUGCCGCUGCCGGCCGAAGACGAGCUGCUGGAGUUGCAGCUGCAGAGCUACACCUUACCCCCGCCGACCGAGACGACCGACUUGAGCGUGGUGGCUCAGGUGGACGAGUCUGAAGACGAGCAGUGACGGAUUAUAAGGGCGCCUCUGCUCAGCUGGAUGCCGGGUGCAGAAAGUGUUAAGUGUUUCCGACUGAAACGCCGCCUAGGCUGUGACUUUUCUAUUCUGCUUCACGGCUGACACUGCUGCUGUGGAACACCUCCACGGUUGUUGAUCACAGCUCAACAGUAGCAGUAGGGGUCGAUGAAACAGUAGCUGUCUCAAGUUCAUCUACGUAAGAGGGUGCGCGUUAACUUCGCUUCAUGUCCUCGCCAACUGCCCGAGUUCUGGCAAAUAACGCGAGAUUUUUACGCACAAUUUUGCAGAAUGAUAAUGUGGUCGUAAGUUGGGCGCGCUUACACGCGUUUCACGCUGUUAAUGGCAUAUAUGUCUCGGACCAUCACUCGCUAAAAAUAUCGCAGCACACGCUUUCGAUGACACGCUUGUCAACCAUAGCACCAUCAUGCAGUUCGAGUAACCUGGCUGUCGGAAUGUGCGCGUCAGUGCGAUUCACUGGGCGGUCAACAACGCCAAGUAAAGCGCCUAACGCUCUGCUCGCACCUUACUUCGGUUUUGCGCGUUUACAUGAUUGACUACGACUUUGUUGCUAUGAUCGCACUCACCUGUGAUAUUUGGCUAAGAGGUGCGUAUAUGCUAAUCGCAUCGCUUAAAACGGAUUAGCAUUCAGAGUACGAUGCCCAAGUUCACAGCAUUGGUGGCGCAGUAAUCAUUCUUUGUCAUCCUUGCUGCAAACGAUGGUAUAUAUACAUUUCGAAUUAUUUAAGCCGGGCAAGUUAUUUCUUAACGAUUACAGCGGAAAAAAAUUCGGAAGUCCCAACGUCCUCUCUUGAGUGCUUUGGUUACACUUACCGGCUUUGCCGAUGUAGCUGCAAUAGCGCCGUCGCCGAUUUCUGCCUGCGUGAUUUUUCCAGCUACGUUAUCAGGCAACGCAAGGUAAUUUUAGCGACGCGCUCCUUUUUUCUUGAACCAUGCGCAGCAGUUCAGGAGCCGAGUUCGCAAUUUUUGUACGUGCAAGUGCUGUUUGCCAUUGUCUGGCCAUUUUCACUGAUAACAUGUCCGAUAUAACGGAUGACUAACUCGAAGAGUUCUAGCGCAGAGUUCUAUCGUAAAAACUUUUUGUGUAAAUACUUGCCCUGUCCUGCGAGUGUGGAUAAACGAUGGGUCACCUGUGCAGAAGUUCUGAAACAGCGUCGUGAACGAAGGCAUUGUUCAAAAUGUUCAUGACUUUCGUAUCAUCGCCGCCAUUUUUUGUUCCGUUGUUUUCGUUUGUUGCUCCUUUGCUCCUCAAAGGUCGCUUUGCCUGUUGGCCUUCGUCUUCAAAUACACGUAAAUUGCAGAAAGGCUUUCUCACCCGACAAUCAUAGAUGCAAUCUUGAUGAACAUUAUUGCACUAAUAAAAGUUUAAUUUUGCCGACUGUUGUAACUAGAGAGAGAGAGAGAGAAGGGAAGACGGAAAGGCAGGGAGGUUAACCAGACUGAGUCCAGUUUGCUACCCUACACGUGGGGAGGGGAGUGGGGAGUGAAAGAUAUUUCUUGUUCAUCCCUAGGACCUUCGAUGUUCUUACAAAAGUUGGGAAGAAACGAAACAUCGAUUUUCUAGCAAUUGAUUUGUUUACCACAACAUUAUGAACUGCAACAGUUUAUAUUAUGAGUAAAUUAUAUUGUACACUAAUAUAUAUUUUUAUUGUACCUCGCUCUGAAAUAAAUCACAAAUCAGGUAGUAGAACAUUUGAAAAUAUUACAUGAGCAAUGAAACUUCCUCUAAGCACUGAACUAAUACAUUUCUCCGCAGUAAACACUCUCAAAUACAGUUUAGAGAAUUUCGGUGCCUGUUUUUAAUAGGAUUUUUUUUUUCACUUACAGAGUUCUACCCACUUCCGGCGUUUUCGGUAAGGCAGUCGAGGCCCUCAAUCAGAACGGCUUUUGGUGAUCGAUAUUUAUUAGCUUUAUCUCACUUGUAACAAAUUUUAUUAAAUCUAGUUUAUCGCUUGCGUAGUGAGAUCCCUUCUGCGUUUGACUUGUAUUUGCAUGAGGAACCUUGACUUGACCAGGAGCUAACGCUUCCUUUGAAGAGCAAUUUUGCUUCACUUGCAUAUCGAGUACCUGAUAACAUCGAAUCGCAAGCACAUUUUUCGUCGUUUGCUCUUUUGCGAUAUCACAGUCCCCCUCACGCACACUUUAUUGUCUUCAGCAUGGAGAGAAGCUAAAUGUUCUAACAAACAAUCGUAGGAUUGAUUGAGGCAACGUAGAAGUAUUGCAAGUGAUCGGCGAUUGGAGUAGCAAAACUGCGAUAAGCGGUGCUGCAGCUGAUGACACGCUGAUAGCAAGAUACUGGGCCGAUCCAACUCUUGGCACUCGAGGGUAUUUCGGCAUCCGGUUGCGGCUUGGAAAGGUUGGCUGUUAACCAGCCUACGGAACGGGCCAUGAAAAGAUCAUGAUGUAGAUAAUCGCUCGAACUCUGUCGUCUAUGGGUACCCGCCGGCCACCCCUACACUUCUAACAUGGGAGGAGCCCAGCAGCCUUGCAUAUUUGUGCGCAUGUUUGCCCAUGUCUGCACAGCAACGCCGCGCGUCGCAAUUUCACCACUACCUUUGCCGGUCACUGGUGCUAAUCAUUUUGUGUUCGGUGCCACUGCACAUUCUUUGUUGUCGUUAUGUUUUACCGAGAGGGCAUUACCGCAUCAGCUUUGACUCUCUUUUUCUUUUCCUUAGCUUACCGCGUGAGAGAGGCACCGUGAACUCGAAGAUGGCGAACCCGAUAAUAUGGCGGAAAUUGUUAAUGUCCAGAAUAGCGCUGAUUAUCGCAGUGCACCUUGCCAUUGUUGUGGUCCUUUAAUACUCAGUUCAUCAAAAUUCUGCGCGUGUAAGUCGUAUGAAUGCGCGGAUCUACAACGACUAGUCAUUGGCUCCGACGAGGACGGCAUUAUGACGUCAUUUCUUUCUUCAGGACAAAUGCUUUUUUUUUAGUCCUGAUUGUAUGUCAAUUCCUCACAAACAAGGGCUCUCGUCUUAUGGACAGCGCUUUGGCGCAGACAAUAAUGAACCAAAUCAUUACGUCAGUACGUAAAGCCUUGCCAGCGUUUGUAAAUAGUUGACGGCGCUAGUCACUUCUGAAAAUUGUGUUUAAUAAAAAUGUUUUGCUACACGA